CUGCCGGGCGAGCCUCCUCGCAAAGCGACGCUCAGCAGCAGCAGCAGCAGGAGGAGGAAGAGGAAGAGGAGGAGGAGAAGAGAGGAGCGCAUCACAAAGUUUGAGGCUGCAGCUGUUCGGACACCACGGAAAGAAAUACGCACGGGACACCUGAGCAGGUGGUGAAGCUGCUCGGCUUAAAAAGGAACAUCGGAUGACACUACGUCUGUCAAUGCCCCUCUCUCAUGUCUGCUGGAGAGCCCCAUCAACAGAAUCUGCGUUCAAUAGACUGAAGAUCAAGCUGGAUGAAGCCACUUUUCAUUUAUGGCUGACAAUUUAACAAACUCACCUUCUCAGAGCCUUCAUUUUCUACCUCUUGUUGCUGCUCGACUUGUCAAAAGAGGCAGUUUGUGAAGACGUGUUUGAACACUUGACAGCUCUGACCCACUUAUCACUCUCCAACGAGCCGGGCAAAAAAGAGAAAGUGUAGGUGAUGCACUGUUUUAUAUUCAGGGCCACUGAUCCACUGACCUCCUGAUCUAAUUAGCCACACACAUGUACGCACGCUGACACACACCUGGCCUCUGCAGAUGUUUUAAAUAGUCUUGUGUCUGGUACUCAGUUCAGUGACACAACACCCCGACACAAGGCUAUAACCAAUAGAGUGUUAGAAGUCCAUCUGCACACUAUUAACUCCCAUAGAGAACAUUGACCUUGACUGUGAUCGGACACGUGUUGAUGUGUUUGCGUUAGCAGGAGGCUCAGUGUCACGUCCUGCCCGCUCUGAUCGAGAGUGAGAAUGAGAGCUGAUGUGGCAGACUGGCUCGGAUAAAUACUCUAAGAACAUUUACGCAGGCUCACUCCAAUAAGAAAGAAUCCAUAGAGCUUCAUUACACUGUUGAAGUCGGUUCCUCAACAUGUGUGAUGUUAAAAAGUAGUCCAUACUAAUUGAAAAGUGUGUGCGUAUACAUGUGUGUCUGUCACAUUGUCAGAGCAGAUUAGAGCCAGGCGUUUCUGGGUCAUGUCACUUUGACUGACCUAGAUUUCACUAAAUAAACUGGCCAGCAGUAAAGAUGUGUGUGCAAGUCGUGCUGUGAUCAGAAUACACACAUCUUAGAAAAUACACCACGCUCUCUGACCUUGACCUUGAAGAUUGCUCUGCAGUCUUAACUACCUGUUGACUAUGGCUACGUAAGUUCUUAUUUAGGCCACAUGCCCUUCACCAAACAGACAGGGAAUACAAUAUAAAACUUGUAAACUUCUUAUAAAGCAUCAUAAUCAAACUCCCAAUCUCCAGUUCCUUCUGCGCCACCACUCAUGAACGCCUUUCCUUCCUUCUCCGCACCUCCUUCCAGUACACCAACCAUCCAGUCAGUGUGUAAGCCCUGCCUACGGGCCCCUUGGAGGAUGAACGAUGUGUCCACACUUGACUACGAGUUGCUGCUUUCACCGGCCAGCGCCUCCCUCCCUGGCAGUCCUGGCGGUGGCAGCAGCAGCCCCCCUCUGGCCUUCGUUGGCGUGGACAGUGAGCAGCGCACCGCCUUUGCCUUCGUAGGCCUCCUCAUGCUCUUCCUGAUCUUCCUGCUGGUCAGGUGCUUCAGGAUCCUGCUGGACCCCUACAGCCGCAUGCCUGCAUCGUCCUGGACUGACCACAAGGAGGGGCUGGAGAGGGGCCAGUUUGAUUAUGCACUGGUGUAGGGCGAUGUGUAAAAAGGGGUUGUAUUUCAUUGCACAUAGACGGAAUCUUUAAGAGCUAUUUAGAUGUGGAAAUGGAUAAUGCAUAAUAUUGUGGAUGUACUCUUACAGCAGGGUGUGCCUAAUGUUGGUGUAUGCCUGGUUCAUAUCACUGUAUUGCAGCCUGUGUGUUGGUGUAAAUAUGAGGCUGCAAGACGCUACGUAAUUCUGGUUCAACAACAGGCACACAGACCACUGGAAUCCCUGCGAGCCACACAGAUGUUGGACCAUAAAGGACAGAAAUAAUGAGCUGCACAGCUGCCUUAACCUGACCUACUGUAUCCGUCGAACAUGCUACAACAUCACCUUAGGGCUAGGUUUUCCAAACUCCAGAGCUUGCCAGUAUUAAAACACAUGAUUAUGGGAAGAUCACCUUCACUCAUGACAUAGUUCAUAGCCUCAAAGCUACAUAUUUGAUGAGAACACGCGCCAUGCAGAACUUAAAGGGGACAUAUCAUGCUCAUUUUCAGGUUCAUAAUUGUAUUUUUGGUUUCUCCUACAACAUGUUUAUAUGAUUUAAUGUUCAAAAGACACAUUAUUUUUCUCAUACUGAAUAAACCUGUAUUCACUCUCUGUAUGAAAU